AUGCCUAAUGUUCACUUUUCAGUAGCAGAGGGCAGGGAGUCGCCAGUGUCUACUGUUGCUCAUGCUGACAGUGACCAAGGAGAAGAAGAAUGUGCUCGUGUUUCACUACUGAACGGGAUAGACCAGAGUCGUCGGCACAGGACUGCUUUCACACGGGAGCAGCUGAGCCGUCUUGAGCAAGAAUACUGCAAAGAAAGUUACGUGUCUCGACCUAGACGAUGUGAACUGGCGGCAGCGCUCAAGUUGCCCGAGACCACUAUAAAGGUCUGGUUCCAGAACCGAAGGAUGAAGGACAAGCGGCAGCGUCACAGUCUGCACUGGCCUAAUUCACUGGAUCCAAACCUAUGUGCCUUCAUGGUGAGUCAGGCGGCGGCGGGACUGCCCUACCCCAUGCUACCUCACAUACCUCUUCAUCUUUACUCUCAUCUGGGCAUGGGCAGAAUCUCCAGUUUCUCAAGCCCUUACAAUGCUACCACAAGGCCAAUGGACACUUUGCCGCUCCCUCCCUCGUCCUGGCUAGGUGGACUUCCACAGCCGGCUCUCUACUCCCCUGUCCAGACAAUGCACCAUGCUGCAGGAUGCCCCUGUCCCCACUGCUUUCACUGGAGACCAGAUCAACUGUUUAAAGCUAGAGGGGGAUCCAGCGGGGCUAGGACAGGCACGCAGCCCAAAACCUUUGGCAGUGCUUCAGGAUAA